AGUCUUGUUCGGUACCGGUUUGCAGCAAAAAUGGAUGCCCCAGAAGCAAGGAGACGGUAUGCAGAUAAAGUGAGAAUAUGCGGAAAAGAUCCCUAUUCGAUUAGCACAACGCCGAUGGACGUCCCGUUGAAUGUGAAUUUUGCAGCAAUCUACAAUUACAUGGUUGUUGAGCCUAACCCGUUUACCGGAGCUGCUAAGGAUAGUGCCAAAGGAAUGGAGGCCAAUCUUUGGUUCCAGCAGGGCUGGGUGAAACAAGUGACGGGCAAAAAGUUGGUGAAUGUUUUUGUGGUUCGUGGCAAAGUUCUACACUCGUUUAGCCUCCGGGAGCGGCCAUUAAAUCCGUGGGUUAUAAUUGAUCAUGACGGGCGGAUUUUAUCAGCACAUUGUGACUGUGCUAUUGGGUUACUGGAGACGUGUUCCCAUGUCGGCGCCACCCUUUUUGCCCUCGAUGACAUCCGGCAGAAGUUUUUGGACAAAAAGGUAACAUUGUUUUGAAUGUGUGCAGAAUCGCAUCUAAAUACUUACUAUUCUAUUCUAGAUAUCGGUCACUGAUUUACCAGCCUACUGGAAUAAGCCGCCUGCAAACGUACAAAGCAAUUUGUACAAAAAAAUUAAAGACAUUUCGUUCGGAAGGAAAAUUAAG